CACCGGAAGCUUGCAUGGGAAAUGUUGCACAACACAGUAGUUGGUCCCAUAGACGUUGAAAAUGCAUAUUUUACUGCUUUUAUCAAAGGUUUCUUGCUUCCUUGCUCUACCGGUGUUGAUUUAGUCGAUAUUGUGCGCAGCUUCUUUGGAGGUGCUGAAGAAUUUGUCCGAACUGCAGAAAUAUCCACAAUACGUGGUUUUGAUUCUCUCAAUAUCCGUAUUAUUGUUAGUAUUGAAAAUCAAUUGCUGGACGAGCUGGCCAAUGCGUUUAGCAAUGCUGGCCCUAACUUUGCGGGGAGGAUCUUUCAAGAUAUUGUGAAGGAUUUUCUUAUGGGCAUUGGAGCACCGUGCCCCGAACUAUUUUCUGGCAUCAUGGAUAGGCUCAGCCCCGAGGUUAAGGCCAGCUUGACUGGACUGCAGUCUCCUACAUUCCGCAUGCGCUUAAUGUGUUGGGCAGCAACGGGUGCUACUAGGGUAUUGCGUGACGGCAACCCAAUGCAAAUUAUCCUUGUGGAAGAUGACGACUCUUUAUAUCUUCCUCAAGACCUAAACAGUCCUGGCUUACGCGAAGCCUAUUUCUCAUCGGGAUCUUACCCUAAUACGGAACUCAAAGAUGCUCAGAUUGCAAUUCACCAUUGGCUCUUCAUGCAGAUGUUGGAUUCCAUUGGGACGUACAAUAUGCUUUGA